UUUAUCUGUGGUCUGCUGUAUUGAAAAUGGCGUACAUCGUAGUUCUUGACGUGUGUGCACAGUGAACUGUUGUUUUCAUGGUAUAAUAACAAAGUUUAAUAACGUCAAUACUUUGAUUAUUUCUUAGCUCGUUCUUGUUAACUUUUCGGGCUAUUUGCGGUGAACAUUGAUAACGUUCUAAGUUCAUUACAGCCCUUGACAUGAAGUUAUAAUUUACAUAAUUUUGCAAGAAACGCUUGCAAUGUUGUUCGCUGUGUAUUUAGUGUUUCUGUUAUUCCAAACAAGGGCCGAAUCGGCUAGAGUGGGAUACAGGUGUAGUGAUGAUGGUUCUGUUGAUGCUACCAUGACGUUCACCCCGUCGACGUCGUUGCCUAAAGUGGUGGGUCGGUACACUGCAGAACUCUGCAAAACGAAGGACGGCGAGUGGACCGAGUGGCAGAUUGAUCUCAACUAUAAUAAAAGCAAUAAAACCUGUCAAGAAAAAAACGCAAUGAGAAAGCCUGGGCCGCAGCACUCCAUCAGUACGCUAGAUUUAAAGCCUGCUGAUAUGCCUAACUGUACCCGUGUAUGCCUGUCCACAGACUUUGAUUUAAUUUUCAAAAGCUGCUAUCAAGUGAAGAGUAUCCUGAAAGUUGAUUCAGACAGUGGAAGUCCAGACGACUUUUUCUUCAAUAUUGACAGCAACAUCACUUGGGACCAUGUCUUUGCAGCCAAUGCUAACGUCAACUUUGUCAACCAUGAUGAAUACGUCACUCUGGAUUGGAUCCUGAGUAUUCCUCCAGUAGAUUACACUGUGAUAAUCCAAAGGUACAACAAUGAUACAAAGGAACUGGGGGAGCUGCACGACGUGACGAGCAACUGCAGCGUGCAGGAAGAUCGCCACCUGUACUGCACGCUGGCGCCGGAGUACGGCUGCUACCAGGCCAAGCUCACGCACGGCGGGCCCUGGACCUCCGGCGUCUUCAACAAGUUCAAAUUCGUCACUUUCAUUUUCUGUCACAAGAUGGUGUCUGCGCCGCGGCUGGAGGCGCGCAGCUCGCUGGCGUGGUGGCUGGUGGGCGGCGCGCUGCUGCUGGCCGCCGCGCUGCUGGCCGGCCUGCUGCUGUUCCGCCGCAUCGACUACAAGCAGCUCAUGGACGGCAUCAUCAAGCUCUGGCCCACGUCGGCCCCGGCGCCGGCGCCGCCGGGCGGGGCGGGCGGCGACGUGCUGCUGGUGUACGCGCGCGAGGGCGAGUCGGGCACCGCGCUCGUGAAGGCGCUGGCUGACCUCGUGCGGGCCGCCACCGGAGCACGGGUGUUCGACAUGUACUCUGCGGAGGUGGUGGCGCUGUCUGCGCCGGCGCCGAGCACGUGGGCGCGGCAGACGCUGUCGCGGCCGGGGCUGCGCCUGCUGCUGCUGCAGACGCCCGCCAUAGACCUCAUGCGCAAGCCGCUGCAGGACCACGACGUCGGACCCAAGCUGGCAGCGCCGCUGCUGGGCCGCGUGGCGGUGUACCGCGAGCCGCAGUUCGGCGACGCGCUGGUGGCGAGCCUGCUCAGCAUCAUCGCCGAGAACCCCAGGAUGCACAACGACUACCACAAGCUCUUCAUCGCCACUGUGUCGGGGCUGGGGCAGGAGACGGAGGUAUUGCCGACGGUGGUGCCGUUCACGCGCUACCGCCUGCCGGAGAUGGGCGCCACGCUGGCCGCCAGCCUCGCGGGGGAACCACCACAGGACAUCUGCACGCGCCUGGCGCCGGAACUAGAAGCACUCAACAACGCGGCGGCACAGCUGCAGGACCUCAUACGGAACAACUCUGAAUACCUCAUGGACGAACUGCUCGUCAUAUGAACCGCUCCAGAUUUGCAGCCGACCCACUACUCACGUUGAACGCCAAGUUGCCUGAUAGUGCCAACAGUCACAAUGCACAAAACUCCCUAUCCAGCGUAGGACUUCUGAAAGGUAAUUUGACGUGAGUUUUUUACAUAUGUAAACAAUUAUCUUACCAAUACAACUAACUAACGUAUAUGUAUAUUAAGCAAUAAUCAGUCGAUUGUUGCGAUCGCAGAACAUUUAGGUUCUAGUCGGUUUACUGAUGAAUGUUAGAACUUUUCAUCAGACUUAAUUUCGUUAGUAAGAAUUUUAAAAAUGUUCGCGCCACUGUCACCACUAACUACAACAUAAACGUAAUUUAUGCACAAAAAAUAUGUAAAAUGUCUUUAACUUAACAUAAAUAUACCAAAGAAAGGUAUUUAAUUUUGUAAAUUUUCUUAUUCACCGCUAAACUGUGACAGUGCGUGAAAUCCAAAAUUAGGCGCUGUGCGUCGAAUCUCUUUAUAUAUAAGUUAUUAUAUCGUAAAUAUAAAACGUAAACAAGUCUCAAACACUUAAGAAAUUACUCGACAAUUCCGGAAAAUGUUGUAAAUAUGUUAUCUAAAGUGUUCAUAAACCAGUAAUAAAUAUGACGUAGUACAAUUAACGCGCGAGUGUGCUCGAAGCACUUCACUUGUUCCUCGGCUCACGAUAUUUACAAUCUUACGUCUAUUCCCAGUAUCUAUCCUGUGAUUUGCUAACUAGAGACAGAAUUUUGAAAUUCGUAUCUCUACACAGGCCAUCAGUAUGGUUUACACAAUGGUAGCAGGCAAUCUAGUGCUGGUUAUAGCCGUACGUUGAAUCAUGAUCAUCCAAACGUGAUCAGUAUCUCAGGGGCCCGAUUCUGCUUAGUUAAUAAUGACAAAAUUGAAUAACAAUUGAAUCGCAAUAGCAGAUUUAUCCGUAGCGUGCAUUCUGCUACUAAUAUAAGACCAAUAGAUUGGUUUGCAAUUGUUCUGCCAUUUGGUCUAUUAUAGGGUAGUCUGCUCUACAAUCAUGUUGCAAUCGUAAAUCAUUUGCAGACAAUAUGAUUCAUUAUUGAAUCACCGAAACGGAUAAGAACGUUUAUUUAAAAGAAAAAAUAGCGGAAUGUCACAUACGCUUCAAUCGUAUUUGAGUCGAGAUUGGAUCUCAUUUGGAUCUGAAUUGUAUGUCGCUUAAAUAAAAUUAGGAGAAUCGGGCCCCAGGGAGUAGUGUCAGUAGCACAUACUAUUACAUCCCUGUUGUUCGACUAUUCACCCGAGUUCUGGCUCAGCCUCGCUAAUACCUCGUGUAUUGUCAACAAACACCAUAUGAUGACAAAAAUAUACUUAUAUAACAUUGAUACAAGGAUACUGUUGAUAUGACUAAUGACUUGUGUCGGUCGUGAGCUCAAAUCUCACCCAUCCGGUUCUCUAUGCAAGCAUGUAGAUUAUUGUAGAUAAUAUAAAACUUGUUACACCUCUAAAAUGUUCAUAUUAUUAUGUAUGUAUUCAUUAUGUAUUGAAUAAAUUGUGUAGUGUAUUUUGAUUAGCAGUCGUGAUAAAUUUAUACAAGCAUUUAUAUCUUAAUUUUACAGUUAACAUAAAUUUAAAUGAGACUAUGUCAUAUUAUAAGGUCUGUUCUGCAUAAUAUGUAUUUCUAAAGUGUGCUGGUAGAAAACCUUGUCAACCUCGUGUUAGCAUGACAUACAAAAUAGAAUAGCAUUAUAUUUUAAGUAAUAUGUGUAUGCUAAAUAUUAUAUUCUACAAGUUGAAGUAGAGAGCAUAAUAUACAUGUAUGUGAUACGUAGUUGUAUGUAAAUACAGUCGGAGCUACUUGUAAUGUACUCGGUACCUACAUAAACAUGGCGGCUACUAAGUAAGUACACUAAAUAUAAUAUUAAAUAUAAAUAGUUUAAAGUAAACUGCUGCCAGGGACGCUUACACGGUGUUAUACAAUCAAUUACUUAAACCCCAUCAUGGUAGAACUGAACUAGUCACUUGUCUAUAUAAAGUCUGUCUCUUAGACUGUAUGGUAAGAUGAGUUUACACCAAAAUUACCAAAAAAUACGUACUUACAACUAAUUUGUCAUACUGGGGAGUCUACCAAAGUACUUGAUUUAUUACAUCGUGAGCAAUAAGUGUCCCUAAACCAGCAUUUGACUGCAUUGAUAACAUUUUGUAUCUGAGUUAUAAUUAGUGGUAGAUUAUGUUUAUUCUAUAAUAAGUGUCUUGCCGCUAACGCAACCCAAUGAUCAACGAAAUAGUGACGUUAUUGUAACACUAAUAUGACAGUUAUCUGCUUAAUUUGUAAAUAGUUGUGUAUGUAGCGUAGUGUGUAGUUAUAUAUAUAUUGUGUAGUACGUACUACAGGUUGUUGAUUUGUUGUUGUCUGUGUCGUUAUAUUGUUAUACUCCUUCGUACCUCUUCUAGUGCUAGAAAUUACUUCCGAGUUCUGUGUUCAAUAUCUCUUAUCCUCCUUAAAAUGUAGUUUUUUUUUUAUAUAUUCCGAUAUAACAUUUGAAUAAUUUAGCAUAUCUAAAAUAUGAAAUUUUACAGGCCACUCAAGUGCCCAUUUAUAUGUACAAUAGUCGAUUCUCUAGCAAACAGAAUAACGCAUACAGUUGUCGCAUUGAUUACUUUGUAAGUUUAUGUAAUAUACCUAGUAAUAUAAAUAAGGAAUUGUUUAUUUAGUGCCUUAUGUAUAUAUGUGAUGUUGCUAGUUGUUGUUCGCGUACAACGCAAACGUUCGUACUCCACGCUCGUCGUCAGGUCACACUUCGCUAUUAUGAUCUAGUUCCUACAUCCUUCAGACAUACAAACACACACUUUUUACAUUUUUCAUAUGAACCCAUACAUAAUUUGAGUUAUCGUGACAACGGGUCACAGAAU